AUGAAUGUGGAUAUGAUUGGGCCCCAGGCUUUGGCAAGAUGUCUCAUCGUGUACCCUUGGACUCAACGCUAUUUUGGCUCCUUUGGGUCCUUGAGUGACACCGCAACCAUUAUGGCCAACAAAAAACUCCUCGGUGAUUGCGUGACCAUUGUUGUGGCUUCCCAGCUCGGUCGUGCCUUCACUCCAGACAUUCAAGCAGCAUGGCAGAAGUUUCUGGCAGUAGUAGUCUCUGCACUUGGAAAACGGUACCAUUAA